CAACCAAAGAGAGAAUUAAAUAUGGGUGAUAUUGAGAAAGGCAAGAAGAUUUUUGUUCAGAAGUGUGCCCAGUGCCAUACUGUGGAAAAAGGAGGUAAGCACAAGAAUGGGCCAAAUCUCCAUGGUCUCUUUGGGAGGAAGACAGGUCAGGCUUCUGGCUUCUCUUGCACAGAUGCCAAUAAGAACAAAGGCAUAACCUGGGGAGAGGAUACACUGAUGGAGUAUUUGGAGAAUCCCAAGAAGUACAUCCCUGGAACAAAAAUGAUCUUCACUGGCAUUAAGAAGAAGGGAGAAAGGGCAGACUUGAUAGGUUAUCUCAAAAAAGCUACAAAUGAGUAAUAGACGGCCAUUGCCUUAUUUAUUACAAAAGAGAAAUAUCUCACGGCUUUUUUUUUUAUGUGUACCAAUAUUUGAUUGGUCUCAUUUACCAGAAUUCAG